AUGGAGGAGGAAGGCAGUUCCUCUCACAACCUCAAGGCCAAUCUGGAAUUGCGUCAACAGCUAGAGGAAGCGACAUCGGCACCAAACGAGGCGCCUUUGAGUGUGACUGACCCGCAGAUCUCUGGCAGUCAAGUUGAAGCAGGUUCCACUUCGGAAAGCCCGAAUGCAAAAAGGAAGCCCACAUUUCCUGGGCCAUAUCCCCGCCCGUUCGAGGCUGUGCAGCGGGAAGAAGAUCUCAAAGAGACCUUCCGCCAAGCAGCUGAGCGGAGCAGCUGGAAUCCAGACUACCAGUCCGAUGAGAAUUGGAAUGGACGCCAUCAGCUUUCAUAUUGCAAUGAUGAGAUGAGCCAAAACUGCCGAUGCUAUUUUGAUAGGUGGUUGGACCAUAAAGAACUACUGCCGCAAGAUGCAAUCCAGGUUCAAAAGCCCACAUGGCGACUGGAGCCAGACGGUGUUAGCCCAGCACAACGCAAGAUUGAGAGACAAUCAAGCAUGCUGUAUUCCGUAACUGGACCUGGUUUGCGUGCAGGUGCGCAACCCGUGCAGCCUGCGGAAACGGUGCGGGCGAGGGUUUCAAAGGAGAACGUCAUCAAAAGACGGGCCAUGAGGAUAUCCCGUGAGCGACCGUGGGAACUCCCGCCGCCACCCUUCUUUCUGUCGCAGAAGCGCUUGCCAUCUCAGACUGCGGACUCCCGAAUCUCGAAUAUCUCUAUGACCUCUGCAGGCACACAGACAGAGAUCGGAACUGGCGCGGAGCUGCCGAACUGGAUGAAGGAACAGGGAUGGGAUGGCCAUCACCAUGCCACUUGGAGCAACUUUCAAAACCUUCAAGGCGAGAUCUUGAACCCCGCGCCAGUGCGGUCCUAUUUCGAUCGCCCGCGCGAGCCCGAUGUCGGGGCACGGAGUGCUGAGAAGAAGCCCUUAGACCCCAAAGCGGGUAUGGUACGGAUUCUUCCUCUCUGGCGGUUGGAGCCUUUGCCCGGGGCCGACCAUACCGAACCUGAAAGGGGGCUCUGGCCUCGCGACGAGCCGCUCGAGUCCGGAUCAGGGAGGCCGCUUCAAAAGCGUGCCGAGAUCCUCGGCACCAGGCACGAUGCAUCACCAGAGUUCAAGCACAAGUCUACAUGGAGCUGCCCGUCGCUUCUAACGACAUGUCCAAGUGUGGAGCUGGUCCAGAAGCAGCAAAGCUGGAAUGCACGACAUCAGCUCACCUUCCAGAACGAGGAGGUGUCCAGACUUGACCGCUCCUACUUCGACCGAUUCCGCGAGCACCAUGAGCUCCGCACACCGGAGUCACCUCGCCAUGCAGACUGCUCCGUGUGGAGCCUCGGCAAAGACAUCCCGGCCAAGGAGUCGGCCAGGCUGAUCCUAAGCAACAGCGAGCCGCGUUUCCGCAACGAUGGGAAGUGGAUGCAUCGCCAUCAACUUGCGUUCGACAAUGCUGGUGGUAGGAUGCCCGUUCAGCGAAAUCUGCGGUGCUACUUCGAUCGUUGGCGCGACUUUCCCUCGGAGGCCAACCCGAAACCAAACGACAUUCUCCCAGAGGAUGCGAGUCGCGGGGCCUUUACCUUCAUGACGGAGUCCGCAAGAGGGAAGCAACGUUGCAAGCUGAAGGACUCGCAGAAUGCCGACAACUUGAAAGUGGACGUAUGGAGCCUGUCAGAGAAGCCGUCGAAGCAAAAGGUGCCCAAAGUGGAAGAGACAUUUCGAAGCUGCGAAGAUGAGCACGGCAUGAGCAAGACUCAGAAAGAGAAGCGGCGAUCUAAAUGGACAUGCAACCAUCAUGUUGUGUUUUGA